CGAAGACCUCAUAUAAGAGCGAGAGGAGGUAGUGGCACAGGGCGCGCAGCAGCAGGAGUUAGCGCCGCACAUACGUACGGCCAGUAAUCCCACACGAACUUGAUCCAUCCGAGCUCCCGCGCCGCCUCUGCCACCAUGUCGAAGGACGACUCCUCCGACGUCCCUGCCGCCGAGGCGCCGGCGAAGCGUGCCCCCCUCAACAAGUACGCCCUCGCCUGCGCCAUCCUCGCCUCCAUGAACUCCAUCCUCCUCGGCUACGACAUCUCGGUGAUGAGCGGCGCGCAGAAGUUCAUGAAGAAGGACCUGAACAUCUCGGACGCGAAGGUGGAGGUCCUCGCCGGCAUCAUCAACAUCUACUCGCUCGUCGGCUCGCUCGCGGCGGGCCGGACGUCCGACUGGAUCGGCCGUCGCUACACCAUGGUGCUCGCGUCGGUCAUAUUCUUCGCCGGCGCGCUCAUCAUGGGCCUCGCCCCGAGCUACGCGAUCGUCAUGCUCGGCCGCUUCGUGGCCGGCGUGGGUGUGGGCUACGCGCUCAUGAUCGCGCCGGUGUACACGGCCGAGGUGGCGCCGACGUCCGCCCGCGGCUUGCUCACGUCGUUCCCCGAGGUGUUCAUCAACGCCGGCGUCCUCCUCGGCUACGUCUCCAACUUCGCCUUCUACCGCCUCCCGCUGCACAUUGGCUGGCGCGUCAUGUUCCUAGUCGGCGCCGUGCCGCCCGCCUUCCUCGCCGUGGGCGUCCUCGCCAUGCCGGAGUCGCCGCGGUGGCUCGUCAUGCAGGGGCGCAUCGGCGACGCGCGACGUGUCCUCGAGAAGACCUCCGACUCGCCGGCCGAGGCCGAGGAGCGGCUCGCGGACAUCAAGAACGCGGUCGGCAUCCCCGAAGGGAUCUCCGACGAGGACGAAGUUGUAGCCGUCGUCCACAAGAGCAGGGGCUCCCACGGCGAGGGUGUCUGGAGGGACCUGCUGCUCCGCCCGACGCCGGCCGUGCGCCGCAUACUCAUCGCCUGCCUCGGCCUCCAGUUCUUCCAGCAAGCCUCCGGCAUCGACGCCGUCGUGCUGUACAGCCCGCGGGUGUUCGACAACGCGGGCCUCCACUCCGACUCCGACUCCAUCGGAGCCUCCGUGGCGGUGGGCGCCAGCAAGACGCUCUUCAUCCUCGUGGCCACGUUCCUCCUCGACCGCGUCGGCCGGAGGCCGCUGCUCCUCACCAGCGCCGGCGGGAUGGUGAUCUCGCUCGUCACGCUGGCCUCGGCGCUGCACAUGAUCGAGCACCGCCCGGAGGGCCAGGCGACGGCGCUGGUGGGUCUGAGCAUCGCGAUGGUGCUGGUGUUCGUGGCGUCCUUCUCCAUCGGGAUGGGCCCGAUCGCGUGGGUGUACAGCUCGGAGAUCUUCCCGCUGCGGCUGCGCGCGCAGGGAUGCGCGCUCGGCACGGCGAUGAACCGGGUCGUGAGCGGCGCCGUCAGCAUGUCCUUCAUCUCGCUCUACAAGGCCAUCACCUUCGCCGGGAGCUUCUACCUCUACGCCGGCAUAGCUGCGGCCGGGUGGGUGUUCAUGUUCUUCUUCCUGCCGGAGACGCAAGGCAGGAGCCUGGAGGACACCGUCAAACUCUUCGGCGGCGAUGAACGUGACGCGAACGGUACUGUGGGAAGGGAAGACGGCCAUGGGCAGAACAAGUCCACUGAGUUGACUACUCAGCAGUGAGCCAGUAACCAGUGAGGACUACUAGUACAGUAGUACAUGAUCUACUCAGCAGUGACCAGUGAGGGCUACUAGUACAUACCCUCCGUAGGAAAUCGAGUCAAACUUUGAAAAUAUAAAUCAUAAGUAACUCUUAAGUUGUUGAGUUUGAAAAUGUAAAAAUUAUAUGAAUAGGUUUAUCUUGAAAAAUACUUUUAUAAAAAUAUAUAUAUAUCACUUUUCAAUAAAUAUUUUUAUAAAAACAAGAAAUUAAAAUUGUGUUUUAGAGACCAUGUCGUUGUUUAAAACGACUUCCUUUACGAGUAUGGAGAGAGGAAUAAUACUACUCCGGUGUGCAAUUAGUGACCGUGUAAGUACAAAAGCUUCGGUAAGGAAAAAAAGAUUUCAUCUGCCGCAGGUCGUCCCCAAAUGCUCGUGAUGAACCUUGAUUUCAUUCUACGGAGCUUGGGCAAAAAUCGAUGUGGUGUGUAUCGAUUAUCUUCGGCGAUCGAAGUUCCGUUCCAAGAGCGGGGAUACAUCUGGGAGUUUGUAACGUAAGUUAAGGUUCGGAUUUGCCCGUGUCGUACUUAAUAACCAGGUAGCCUGUCAUAUCUUAACGGUGCCAUAUUAGUAAGAACGUUUGCCUAGUCCUUGCUGGACAGUCCGUAA